CCCUCACUCUCCCCUCCAUAACCAGUCACAUUAUCUCCCACCACCAGCAUUACCUACACACUUCACAACAUACAAUACACAACCUCACCACCACCUCCCAACCGACCUCCAAACAACACCAACAACAAUGACCUCAACGACAGAAUCCUACACACCCCCGCCCCUCCCCCCACCCUUCCACCACACCCCCUCCAACACCAUGACCCUAAUAACCCAAGGCGCCGAAGCUCACCUCUACAAAACGACCUACCUAUCACCGACCACCCCCGCGGCACUAAAAAUCCGCCCGACAAAGCCCUACCGCCACCCGAUCCUCGACCGGCGAUUGACGCGUGCUCGCGUCCUCCAGGAAGCGCGGUGCUUGGUGCGUCUUGUGCGCGAGGGGGUGAAUGUUCCGGCGGUGUUGGCGGUGGAUUGGGAUAUCAACAACAAGAACAACAAUAAUGGGGGUGAGGGAGGUGAUGAUGAUGUGAGAGGCAACGGAGCCUGGAUCCUCAUGGAAUGGAUCGAGGGAUGUGUGGUACGGGUUGUGAUCCAACGGUGGGAGAGGUAUAUCAAGUCUCGUGCUGGGUCUGGUUCUGGUUCUGGUGUGGGGGCGAAGAGACAGGUUGAUGGGGAAGUCAAGGAACAGGAUAAUGAGAUUGAGGAAGAGGAGAAGAAAGUCAAGGGGUUGUUGAGACGCAUUGGGGCUGCUGUUGGGGCGUUGCAUAAGACUGGGGUGGUGCAUGGGGAUUUGACGACGAGUAAUUUGAUCUUGAGAGGUGCGGAUGAGGGUGGGGAUGGGGAUGCGGCUAGUCCUGAUAUGCAGGGUGAGGUGGUGCUGAUUGAUUUUGGACUGGCGAGUCAGAGUAUUCAGGAUGAGGAUCGCGCGGUGGAUUUGUAUGUGCUGGAGCGCGCGUUUGGGAGUACGCAUCCCCGGACGGAGCCGUUGUUUGGGGAGGUCCUCGAGGGGUAUCGGGCGAGUUAUCGCGGGUCCGGGUCGGUGUUGAAGAGGUUGGAGGAUGUGAGGAUGAGGGGGAGGAAGAGGAGUAUGCUUGGUUAGAAUUGGUUUUCUAUUUCUUUGUUUUAUGAGAUAUGGAUGGGGUGGAUGUGCUUGUCAUUGAGUCGUUAUGUAUAUGAAGACUUAGAAGUAGAACA